AUGCUAAGAAGCUGGGUAUUACUAAACAAAAUAAUCAUUCCUGUUUCAAGCCGUUUUUCAAAAAUGGUUGUAUUAAAAGGUAAGCCAGAGCUUGCAAAGAUUUUGAAGAUUGAAAAGGUUAAAGACACAAGUGACUGUAAAUGGAUUGGAUUGGAAAAAAUAACUUAUAAGGAUCCAAAUGGAAAAGAAAGAGCAUGGGAUAGUGCAGUUAGAACAACAAGAAAUUCUGGAAAUAUCGAUGGUAUCGGGAUGUUCACAAUUUUAAGGUAUAAAGAUGGAACCCCUGAUCAAGUACUCUUGCAAAAACAAUUUAGACCACCAGUAGAAGGUGUUUGUAUUGAAGUACCAGCAGGGUUAAUCGAUGCAAAUGAGGAUGUUCCUACUGCUGCUUUAAGAGAAUUAAAAGAAGAAACAGGUUAUAUUGGUAAGAUCAUUGAACAAGGUCCUGUGAUCUACAAUGAUCCUGGUUUUACUAAUACAAACAUGUCUCUUGUGGUUGUUGAAGUUGAUAUGGCAUUACCUGAAAAUCAGAAUCCAAUCCCAGCGUUAGAAGAAAACGAAUUUAUUGAAUGUUUUAAAGUUCCAUUAACAGAUCUUCAUGAAGAAUUAAUUAAACUUGAAAAGGAGGGGUAUAAAUUAGAUGCUCGUCUUCAAAAUGUAGCACAUGGUAUAUACUUGGCUAAAAAGUUUAAUUGUUGA